CGGUCGGACAUGGCGAAACCCUUGCCGAUAUUUCACGUGCCAACGUCGGGACCAACGGAGGGCUCCCACGUGCACCAGUUCGCCCCGGAGUGGCGUAAGCCUAUGUCGGUGGAGCCGGAACAGAUCGGCGCCUUCUUCAAGCCCGGAAAUGGGAUAAUCGAGCCCACCCUGCAGCCCCCGCCGGAGUUGAAGAUGGCCGGCAUUCAAGGCGAGCGCCGUUUUCUUGCACGCAUCCCGCUCCCGAGCUGGUGGGGACACAACACACUCUAG